AUGAAUCAACGCUUGAACAGAUGGCUUUUGUAAAUGACCUAAAUUAGAUGUGGUUUGACGUGGUUCUUGUCCUAAAACCUAUAAUUUUACAUGUAUACAAACAACUAUGUAACUUAAUUCAAAUGAAAAUGUUCACUUUUAAUUUAAUAGUUACCAUAGUGUUAGGAGUAAUUAAUCUAAAUGCAUCAAUAACAACUUUUCCUUUCACUGAUUGUAUAGGAUCGAUAACAACAGCCACUGCUCUUUCACUAAGAGCUUCAAAUGAUUGUUGUGUGUUAAUAUCUACACCAGAGAGCCAGCAACCAAAUCCUGGAUGAGAAUGAUACCAUCCUACUACCAUCUCUGGCCGACCAGUUUGUUUGAGCAUAUCCAACAUUUUUGCUUGAAAUACUGGGUCGACUGCUUCCACACUGACUCCCUAGGAUAAAUAAUAAUAAAUUAAAUACUGGAAAGAUAUAAUCUCAACACUUAUUUUAACAAAAUAUAGAAAGAAAAAUACUAAAAAACAUAAAAUUUAGAUUAUUACCGUUCCUGUUUGAGGCAUAGCAAACACAUCGAUGACACGUACGGUAUAAUCAUCGACAAAUUCACCAAGCAUUAAACCCAUUACUUCCAUAGGUACACCAGCCCGUCCAUGUUUAAGCAUUUUUAAAAGAGCUAAUGAUGAUAUGUAUACCUAACAAUAAUAACGCAGCAAAAAUGGUAUAUUAGUAAAUACAAAAUGUGCUAUCAACAUAUCUGUAGUUUCUUUCUCAGAUAAUGUAAAAAAUAAAGUUAAAUUAUGAUAAUUAUAAAGUAUUUUAUCAUGCUUGAAAUAAGAAUUGAAAUAGAAUUAUCCAUUGAACUAACAAAUUGAGACCUAAAUAAAUUCUACCUGCUCUGCAGUAUCAACAACUGGAGCAUCUGAAGGUGGAGGUCCUUGGCUAAGACCUGGCAUAGCACCUCCUAAUCUCAAUAAUCGAUCCAUCGCUGUCUUUUUUGUAUUUUCUGAACAAUUCUAGAAACAAUGCAUAAUAUUUCAUUUUGAGUUCAAAAUAUGAGAAUUUCUAAUCGCAGUUCAACAUAAACCGAUCAUUAACAAGGUUAACUUUUGUUAAUGACACAUCUACACGAAAAAUUAUAUCUAUUUAGAUUUUGUAAAAUACUACAUUUGUUUACUCACCUGUUAUAUUAUAUUUUUAAUUAAAAAUAGUAUGAUUAUCAGUCAUCCGUAGCAUUAAACAAACAUUCCUUUCGCAAAGCAAUGUACAUUGACGACUCUCAAAUCUGCACACUCAUGAACGCAGCCUGCUGGAGCAACUAGCAUUCACAUGUUUGUGUAAAAUUUUUCAUAAUCGUUUUAAUAACGUUUUUAACAGCGAUUUAACGACAAUGAUUGAUGUACAAUCUAAAACCGAGCGUAUCAAAUACGGAGGAGGACCACAUAAUUUAGGUAAAUUUUAAUUUGUUAGUAAAUUAGUAAUUAAUGAAAAAACUAAAUAUGUGUAACUUUUGUACACACAAAUAAGGUUAUACAUUUGAUAUUCUAUACUUUUGUUAGAAUGCAAAUUUUAUACAAAUGUUUUCUAAAUUACUAUAUUCAUUUAACUAAAGUAAAGCAAUUUUUACAUAUAAGUUAACAAUUAUUUGAAACUGCGGAGAGAAUGUUUAUAAGAAUGCAAACGUGUUUUUUAGGAGAUCCUAAUGACAAAUAUUUAAGAAAGGUAGAAAAAGACGUUCUUAUACCACAAAAAAUGCGAGACAAAGCAAAAGAAGAAAAGUGUAUUCAACAAGUUAAAGAGUUUUCAGAGUGUUGUAAAAAAGCUAAUUUUCUCAUGGGUUUCAAGUGUCAGAAAGAAAAUUCUGCAUUAAAAGAGUGUUUAACGUUAUGGUAUAAUGAUUCAGACUUCAAAGAACAAUGUACACAAGAAUAUUUGGAUGAAAGAAGUGAAUAUCGGAGGACUGUCUUGCAAAAAAUAUGCCAAGCGCUAUCAAUGUCUACUAAAUUACCAUCAAAGUCUAAUAAAUUCAAACAACCUAAACCAUAUAAAAGGAAGAAUGUUUCUUCAAAUGUAAGAUGGAGAGUUUCUUGAAUGGGAAAACUUUCACAUUCAAUUUUAGGUUUUAUUUCUUUUAAAUAAUUUUCAGUUUCUGAAUCACUAUCUGGUAAGACAAGUAACUUGUUUUGAACAUCUGUGUUAUUAUCAGUAAAACACACAUCAUUUUCUUUCAAAUUAAAAUCUGCAAAAAAAUUUUUUUCUUCACUUUCCAUGGACUUUCUUUGACUACUAUCAGUGUUAUUGCAUUCUUUGUUAAAUUUGUUUUCUAUAAUAAUCAACGAGUCGUCCUCUUUCGUGGAAUUUGAAUUUGUACCAUUUACUUCUAGCUUUUUAUCAAUUUGUUGACUUUCUUUAUGUUUUUCAUUUAAAGAAACUGAAUUUGUAUCUAUUUCAAUUAUAUCUGGUAUAUUUUCCUUUGUUAGGUUCUUUAA